AUGUACAGUUGCUGCCAGUUUGAGGAUGAGACAACACCGAGAGGGAGCAAAAGCUCUUUGCCCCAGUACCACACCGUGACCAACAUGCCUAGUGUACCCCAACAACACCUUGUUACAGCCACAGUAAACAACACAACUGCCAUUGCCAUGGUGCAGCAGCAACAACCGCAGAAGCACCACCAACAGCAACCAGGGCAGACCUAUACCACUAUGUUGCCUGGGUCUCCGCCAACUGCUGGACACUCAGCAAUGGCUCUUGGUCCCUCGACUAGUCCCUUACUAGAGGGCCCCAUGCCUUGCUCCACUUUCUUGCCUCGACACGACCGCAGACUGGCUGUGGUUGAUCGCUGGAACAGGCCAAAGCCAGAAAAGGUUGUGAGCACAGGCAGUUCUGGAGGCGUUGGUGUUGGAGGGAUAGCUGGUGGGAUCACUGAACUACAGGCCCAGCAGCAGUAUCAACAAAACCUUGGGCAGCACUGGAGCCUGCAAGGAGGAGUUGCAGGUGGAGCAGUGGGAGUAGGUGACACAGGGCUAGAUGAAUAUAAGCGCUACUAUGGUCCUAUUGAUCCAGAGGGGCUAGGAUCUAACUCGGACCAACAGGCAGGGGGCCCCCAGCAGACUCCCAAAGCCAAUUCUCGAGGCCCCAAGGCCUCAGGUAUGCCAAGGCUACCUCCUAAAGGCUCCCAACAAGGCCCGGGGCACCUAAUCUCCAAGCCUCCUCCACCAAUCCCAUCUUCUCCACGAAGGCCUCCCUUCUGGCGACGAGGCAGCUUAGCUCAGACAAGGAGAAAAGGCUCAGGAGGUCCCCUGUAUGAGAACAUCCUCCCUCUGGGGAGGCGAGGAGGUGGGCGAUACGGAGCAAGCGAUGGAGGUGGAAGAAGAGGACGUCGUCCCCCUCCACCUCCACCUCUUCCUGCCCCUCUUUCUUCUCCAGCACACACCCCUACCACUCCCUCGUCCCCAUGCCAUUUCUACUCGUCUUGUUCCAGUGCCUCGUCUUCUUCCUCUUCGUCCACAUCAUCCUCAUCUUCUUCUUCAUCCUCAGUGUCACUUUCUCGUUCAAACUCACCUUCUUCUUGCUCAAGUGACAGCUCCUACAACUCAUCGCUUAGUUUUCGGUAUCGAGCAGGUGAUCGGGAUUUUAUCGUAGACGAUGAAUAUGACUCGGAUCUCCUUACAGAGGAGUCCAGCCUCCUUCUUGGGAGGAAGAAAAUUCGAUCACGCCGAAUGUCAUCGCGCUCACUGCCGUGCAGCCCGCCACCUCCACCGGUACCACCGCGCAAGCCACGGCCCCAAAGAGAUUAUGGUAGAGAGAGGACUGGCAGCCAACUGGCCCAGUUACAGGAGUGGUGGGCAUCAUGGGGUGACAGAGACCGAGGGAGAAGUGGAGCAACGAGCCGAGGAGAAGGAGGAGUGGGUAGAGAGGAGAAGAGACACCACAAAGAGAGGGAGCGUGAAAAGAAGAGAAGGAAGAAAGGUCGAAAGAAGAAGAAGAGGGAGGAGAGAGAGAGAGAAAGGGAGCGAAAGCGGCGCAAAGCAAAGAAAAAGAGGAAGAAAGAUGAUAAGAUGAGGAAGAGAGACCGGAAAAGGUCAGAGCAGGAAGGAGGGGAUCCUGAAAAAAGAGAGGAACUCAAAUCAGGAACACCAGACUUCCCAUCUUACCCAGCACUGAGGCGAGAGUCCUUUCGGAAAAAAAGUGAGAGCUCGGUGAGAAGUUACGGAUGGAACAUCCCAGGUGAAGAUGAGCGAAAAGAAAGAGAAGAGAAAACCAGGGAUGAUGGGGAAGACAGCAGAGGAAAGGAAAGACAACACCGGCGAAGAAACAGCAAGCACUAUCACAGCUCGAGCAGCAAGCCUUCUACAUCAGUCAAGUUCUGGGGAGGGGGCAACCCAUCCUCUGAUGCCAUCCCAUCUGCCUUCCUGCCCUUGUUGCCUGCCUCUUCUAAAAGGAGGAAGAGUAAAAGUUCAGACAGGGAUGCUGUAGGAGUAGAAGGAGAGAGGAGGCCAUUGUUGGGACGGAAUGAAAGAGUGGAGGUGCACUCCAAGGAGGGGCUGUCCUUCCAUGAGUGGGAAUCUGAAGUGGAUGAUGAAGAAGAAGAUUCGGAGCGUGACAGGAGGAAAACGGAGCAUGUGAAGAGGCGUGGAGGAGGAAGGACAAUGUCUGAUGAUGAGCGUGAACGUGAUAAGGUAGUCGGGAUAUAUUCUGAUGAUGACGGUUCUUCGGGGGAGUUUGGGAAAUUCGAGAGGUACUGGGAAGAUCACGAAGGUAGAGCGGUGGGAGGGAUUGGAGGGGGAGGUUGGUUUUUCAGUACCUAUCCUUCCCGGGAAAAAGCUGGCAGCAUCAACAGCAGAGAUGACCUGUUCCUGGAGCGAGGAGAGAGGUGGGGAACGGCGGAGAGUGGCUGGGGAUUAGGGGGAGGUGGAGAGCGAGCAGAGCGAGGGUGGGGAUCGGGUUCUCACUGGCCCCCGCCUCCUCUCACGCCACCUCCUCCUCGACGAUACUGGUCAGUGGACAAGCUCCACAUACAGGAUGAGAAGAGGAGUAAGCGCAAAUCAAAGGAUAAGGGAAGAGGGCACGCUGCUUGUUCCUCCUGUCACUCCCCGAGACACCACCCACACUCCCAUUCCUCCAAAUGGGCUCGCGUAACUUCACGAAGCCAGGAAGAGCUUUACCACCACUGCCAGAGCUUUAGUGGGCCCAUGAAGUCGAAACAUGACUCUUCAUCUUCGUCCAAACCCGAUCGCUCACAGAAUCCAUCGAAAUCUGGCAGCCAGUCAAACCUCAGCAUCCAGCAGCGCACACAGAGAACAGACAGGGAUCGAGAUCGAGGAAGACAGGCUUCCCCUCCUCCAACACUUAUCCCUAACAUGCCACCUCCGCUCCCUGCUCUUCCAGCUCCACCCUCCUCAUCUCUUUCUAUACACGUCCCUCCACCUACUCCUUCCUCUUCUGUAUCUUCUCCUUCUGUGGUCUCAUCAACACCAGGGGCACCCCAAGCCUCGUCCAUGGCUUCGGCAAGUGCCAAACUGCAGUACCAGAGAUUGCGCUCUGUACCCCAGCCCCAGAGAUUUCCUCAGUCCCCUCAUUUACCCCUCAAAACCAAGAGCCUUUGCUCCCGAAGGGGCUCUGCCCAUUUCUCCAGCGUGGAGAGUGAGGUCUGAAGUUCAACAAGGUAUCAAAAGUCAUAAGAGAGAGCCCUUCGAGGCUAAAGCGGUUGAACUGGAUUUGAAUCUGCCCAGCAGCAAACAUGCUGCCCAGCCAAGUCAGUACAGCAUACGCACUGAGCCCUUUCCUAAAGUUCUGCACAAAUAAACAAACCAGAAAGCCAAACAAACCCAAUGGGGUAGGUCAAAGGAAAACACGAGCAAUCUCUUGUUACUUCCUUUUAUUCCUCUCAGUAUGUGAAAGACUACAACCACAGCGACAACUUGCAUUCUGAAGUAAGUUAACGAAGACACCGAAAGCAAAUCAAACAUCAAAAGUGGUACAAACGAAGGACAAUCCUUUGCUCUAGAAAGUAAAGGGCUUUGGAUGUUGAAGCAGAGCAGUAGUUUGUAUUCAUAGGAUUCUUAAUGCUUACUGAGGGCUCAGGAACUUUGUAGUACUGUAUACCUGCUGCUCUCGGAAGCCUUUAAAACAGAACACUUUCUUGCUUUUUGUUUUUGUGUUGUUGUUUUUUUCUUACACAAAUCGCUUACCCCUUAUUUCCCUAUUUUUCUUUGUCCUUAACAAACUGUUUACACCCCCGCAGAACUGUGACGCCCGUUUGAGGCACCUUUGUUGUGUAUAAUCAAUACCUUCUUGCUUAGAAGAAGAGGAGGGUGGUAACCACCUUGUCUUUUCCGGUGUCUGCUGUUUUUCUUUCGUUUACACCACUGCCCCCUUCCCCCAACGUAUUCUACCCCCUUUAUUUUUAUUGUUUUGUUCUAUUCUUUCAAUGUGUUUUCCAAUUCCUUUCCCGCCUUAUUCACACGUCUACCUUAUCAUCUCUCCUGUCUUCUCCUCUCCUGUCCUCCCCUCUUGGCUCUUCUCCUUGAUGUGAUUAUUCUGUGUGUCUGUGCUUUUCUGUGUUUGUAUUUUUGACAACAGGGUAAGUCAACUGUGACUGAUAUUCUACUGGCUUAAUGAAAAGCUGAGUGCCAAACUUAAGUAGAGCUCGACAUCAAUCUGUACAACGUUAGCAGCUGUGUUUCCUUUUAUCUUGCGGAGUAUUCCAUCAUCUCCAAAAUAUGCACACAUGCUAACACUCACACACACACAUACACGGACGCGCACACACUCAGAUAAAGCUACAUCCAAUGACACGUGCAGCCUAAAAAGUCACUUCAUCCAAUCCUGGUUUUGAGCAAUAUCUUGUUCGCCCUCUGUUCAUGUCACAGCUUUAUUCUUUAAAAAACCUUUACUUCUGUGUUGUAGUUGUUGUUGUUAUUGAUGGUGUUCUAUAUAUCAACACACGUAUUAAAUCAAAUACAAUGUAAGCACUGUGCCAUACUACUCAAGCUUGGGUGCAAAUGAAACAUUCUCUCAACUACCUAACUGCGACAAUGGAGUGUCUGUUUCCUCCCCGUAUUCGACUGAAUGUAAAGUCAGCCUCUAAACAAGUGCGCUGCAACAACAAUUAAGACACUUUAAGAAGGAAAUUGUAGCAUCUCUGACAGUUUAGUGACAGAGCUCAGUUCCUGCUGACAUAAACAACGCUGUACUAACCUGGUAAGGUAAGCUACUGAAAAAGCGAAGCUGCAAUGGGGUUAUGGGUUAGAAAUUACUUGAUUUUUGUUUGCUUGUGUUAAACUUAGCAAUCCAGGUUUUGCGUGACAUGAUGGAUCAGUCUACUUUACAUGGGGCUACACGGAUUGUUAGGCAAAGAUGCAGGGAAAUAAAUACUUAUAGCCUUAUGCUAAUUGCUCCUGCCAUAUGUUUUGUGUAAAUUAUGAAGUUUUAGUCAACAUGUGUGGACAGGACGGUCAGGCAAGGAUUCUGUUGGAGCAAAAUUAGACCUUGUGCGAGCGCCGUUUUGAUGUCAAAGAGAUUAUGGCUGUGUUGUUAUGAUAGCAGGGUUUGAGAAAGUGUUGGGUUUGAGUGUAUUGAAGACACAGUAGAACCUCCUGUGAUAUUUUUUUGGUUUUUUUUGUUUGUUUUUAAGUAUUUCUCACCUUGUAAAUGUGUAACCAAGAGCUAUAGCUUUUUAAUCCAUUACCGAGCUGACACCAGCAGUUACACUCCGAUGUCAAGCACUUAGCAAGAGUAGUCUGUUAGAACCAUCAACGUUAGCGUUCAGCAUCAGGACACUGGACAUCAGCGGAGUACAAUUAAAUAGGCAAGACCCGCCGGCACAAUGCUGUUUGUGUUUUUUCAUUUGGUCAAGGUGUCUGAGCCAACGUUCCCAUACGUCCGGUCAGCUCAUGUCGUUUGCCUCUAACUGCAUCUGAGCCAUAAUUUACUUCAGCUGAAGAAAACAAAAAAAAAGAACUUAUGUUUUUUAACAUGAACUUGCUGUGUAGAGUUUGUCUGACUUUCUUUUAACUAAAAAUCUAGAUAUAUAUAUUAUAUAUAUAUAUUUGUGGCGGUGGGUAGCGUUAGAUAAAAUUGUUGUUUAGCAUCUUGAUAUUUGGGGAUAUUGUUUCUCAUUUCCACUUCAUUAUAAUAAAAAAAAUAAAGUAUAUAAUUACUUUGUGUUAAUAAUCUUCACAGACCACAGGGAAGUUCCUUACACCAGAUUAUAGAUUUCCAUUCUUCAAACGUGAGACUGUAUUACAUCAAGUUAUAGAGUUCAGUACUUAUUACAAUCAGCAGCAACAACUAAUUGAAGUGAAAGCUGGAAAAACAUGAAGUGUAAUAUGUUUCUGUGCAUUCACAUCGCAAGCUAUUCAUGUUCGUUGCCAAAAAUUACACUCAAUACUUUAAUCUCGUUUGGCGAGCACGCUUUCACUCCCAACUCUUUGAAUGCAUCAUACUUGAAUGCCCUGGCUAUCCUUUAGCACAGGGGUGUCCAACUCCAUUCAUGUCCCGCAGCUUUUAGAUGCAUCCUUGUUGUAACACAUCUGAAUCAAAUGAAUGGCUUGUUAUCAGGCCUUCGCCAAAUGUGAUGGCUGAAGAGGUAAUCCAUCCAUUUGAUUCAGCUGUGUUGGAGUAGGGAUGCAUCUAAAAGCUGCAGGACAGCAGCUCUCGAGGACUGGAGUUGGACACUCCUGCUUUAGCGUAACUGUCCAGCCUGCAGGGUUAGCUUUGUCAUCAUGCAUGCAUAUUUUGACCCAAACCAUGAUCUGUUCCCAAAAGCCAAAUGAUUUUUGUGCCUAAAUGAUGAACGACAAACCAAAAACCAGUCAGUUAAAAAAUAAAAUUAGUUCACAAAACUCUAACACUGUAUAUGAAGCUCAGACAACUGGUCAAAUGUCUGGUGAUUGGUAUCACCACUACCCUUUCUGCAUGUCUUUUUUAGACUAUGUCACUUUUUCGAAAAUGUUCGCACUCGGUGUUCAGUUUUGCCAGUGCGGUUGUGUAAAUAGCACUGGUAUUAUUGAUGCUAGGAAUAAGAACAUAUUCAUUUGAGUGAAGAAGCCUUGUUGCUACACUCCUACACUAAAGCACUAGCUCGGCAACACAGCAGCUGCUAGCGGUGUGAAUACAACGCUCGGGUGUUUCGUUAGAAAAAAUGAGCCACCGACCUUUCCUUCUUUCCCCUUUCCUCCUUGUCCUCAUGUCAAUCCAUCGCAUCAGUGUGUGUCUGCCACUGUAAAG